UCUAAGCCGCGGCGCUUCCCGGAUCACGUGGUAUGUCCGAUUACGCGAUAUGGCUCGCGCGCUUAUAAAUAUGGAUUUCAGCAGCUCGCGAGACGGAUCGUCCAUAAGAAGUUGAUCUCUUUGUGAAAAGGGCUUUCUUUUUUAUUUAUUUAUUUUUGAAAACAUUUUCAAGCCCCAGCGACUGUUAACUCAAGUUAACUCGGACACCCGCCGCUGUAUUGAACUGCACGCGUACAUAUCGAUCGAUAUCGCCGAAUUUCUGAUGGACGGUGGGGGCUGUCCUUUAAACGGCGGCGGUGGACGUGAGGGUCGGGGGUCUGGACCUCAGCAUGGCAUGAUCACGCUUGAAGAUCUCGAGUCUUUCUCCGAAGAUCAGCUCUCAGACUCCGGCACAGGCGGUUCUGAAGAGAGGGAGAUGAUGGAGGAUGAAGAGCAGAACAGACUGCUCGGUUACUGGCAGGAAGUGGCGAGAGGACACCUAAUAGACGUGCCGAGAGAUAUGGCAGAACCUAUUCAGCAGCUGGCAACCAAUAAUAAUGGCACACACCAGCGGGAAAAGGUUCCCUUCACACUUAUAUCAUGCAAGGAGAAGUGUGGAGAGGUACUUUACGAGAAGCGCUCCUAUGAUAAAGCGCGGUGGGCCUGCAUCACCAUCAAAGGGGACACAUACGAACAGAGCAUCGGUUACGGCUUCAUGAAGAUCAUGAAAUACAUUUGCCAGCAGAAUUCUUUAGGCAUUUACAUGGGCAUGACCAUACCCAUCCUGACCGUGGUGCGAACAGAGGAGGCGCACUCCUCCUUUUCUAGUGCCGUCACCGUGGCGUACUAUCUGCCCUCAAACCACCAAGCCCAGCCACCACAGCCUCUUGACCCGGACAUAGUGAUUGAGGAGUGGCCAGCCACUACGGUCUACAGCAGGUACUUCACGGGUGCUACAAACGAGACGACCAUCAUGACUCAGAUCAACACACUGGCCGAAAUUCUGGACUCUCCUGAGCUGUAUGUGACCAGCGCCUUCAUCGUGGCUGGCUACACCAACCCUGCAGCUACACACCGGGUUAAUGAGAUAUGGUUCAUUCAGAGGCAGUGAAGGGUAUUCCAGCGGAAACACCCGUCCCUGCACCUGCUUAUUCAUCCCCGGGCUACAGCUUGUACAAACACACUGCUCUGAGUGAAAUGAAGCUGACCAUCAUGAAGAUGUAACAUUUAUAAUAAUCGUAUACUCUGUUGCAGGCCUGUGUGUUCCAAUUUUAUGCAUUAUUCUGAAAAAUCUGCAUAUUUGUGAUGUAAAAUGUUAGCUGAUUUUACUUCACAGCAAAAAAAAAUACUAAUGUGAGGCAAGGGGAAGGGGGUGGGACUUCCUGUUUAUUGUCGGUCAUUCUAGGUGAUUGGCUCAUGUUUUGUUUUUUUUUAAAGAAGGGUGGGGACGACUCGUUUUUUCUUUGUGCAUUUUUUUUUUUUGGAUAAUAUACUCCGGUGUUAAAAUGCAAAGUUCCUUUACACAAAAUUAUGUGUAAAGUUUUGACCGAUCUUUUUCUGUCCUGAUCUGUUGCCUGUGUUUUCUUGUAGCUUUUAUUCCAAGCAUUAUAAAACCAAAUUUUCUACAUAAAAAACACGUUUAAGUUUUAAUGCUGUCUGUGUUUUGGCAUUACUGCUGUUCCUUAGAAAGCUAGAAGAAAUGAAUCUUCAGUACAAGAAGAGCUUAAAGUGUAAUUAAAUAUAGGUUUAGCUUCCACGCUUGCACCACAAACGAUAGACGUCCUACCAUAAAAGGUUAAUACAAGAAAAGUGCUUCAGUUACACUCAUCCUGGGGCUUUAAAGCGAAUGCUAUGGAAGUAAAAUAUUUUAUAUCCAAGGAUGGGAUAUGCGAAGAAAGAACUUCACUGUGCUGUAAUGUAUAUGUGACCAAUUAAAAAGGUUUGACGUCAUUCGCCAUCGAUCGGAAACCGGCUUCUACUUCCUGUUCCCUGAUGGUCCAGUUGAGACGAUAUGACCCUUCUAUAAUUCAUACACUAGACACUAGAGUGCAUAUGUGUAUUGGAUUAUGUAUCAUUUGGGAUGCAGCUUUAGUGAAUGGGUUUUUAUGAUGAGAUUGAGUUUAGAUGUUAUUUCUAAACUCUGUAU